CAACUUUCCAUUCUACAAUCAUCUUCAUUUCCAUGUUCGUUUUCGUUUUUCUCCGAAUUUUCUGAAGUGCGCAUAUUGACAAGCAAGCCUAAAAGGAGGAGGAAUUGGAACAACCCCAUCAGCUGUUCUGCUUCUUCUUCUUCUACCCCUACAACUACGGCUAGUCCUUUGCCGCCGGACCCAGAUAAGCUACAGCAGCAGAAUAAGGACCAGGAUUUACAAACUCUUUUUAGAAGGUUUUGGAAAGUGGCUGCUCCUUAUUGGUCUUCAGACGACAAAGUUCAAGCGAGAUUACAACUUGCCGGUGUUUUUGCUCUCACUUUGGCUACUACUGGUAUCAGUGUAGGCUUCAAUUUCCUUGGGAGAGACUUCUAUAAUGCACUUGCCAACAAGGACCAGGAGCAGUUCACGAGGCAACUACUUUACUACUUGGGUGGCUUUGCUACAGGAAUCCCGUUUUUUGUACUGAGAGACUAUGCAAGGGAAACCCUUUCUUUGAGAUGGAGAUCUUGGAUGACAAGCUUUUACAUGGAACGUUAUCUUAAAAAUAGGACAUUCUAUAAAAUUCAGUCACAGUCAAUCAUUGAUAAUCCAGACCAGCGAAUUGUUGAUGAUCUAAGUUCUUUUACUGGGACAGCCAUCGCCUUCUCUCUGACGCUCUUUAAUGCUGCAGUAGACUUAAUCUCAUUCAGUAACAUCCUGUACGGCAUCUAUCCUCCUCUCUUUGUUGUUCUUCUUGCAUACUCCAUUGGUGGGACUACUAUCAGUGUUUUCCUUGGAAAGGGAUUGGUGAACUUAAAUUUCUUCCAAGAGAAAAAAGAAGCAGAUUUUCGUUAUGGGCUAGUGCGAAUUCGGGAAAAUGCUGAAUCAGUUGCUUUCUAUGGUGGUGAAGAAAGUGAAAUGAAACUUCUUCUGCAGCGCUUCAAAAGCGCCUUUGACAAUCUAACUGAAUUGCUGAUAGCUUCUAGAAAUUUGGAGUUCUUCACCAAUGGCUACCGCUAUCUCAUUCAAGUCCUUCCUGUUGCUGUUAUUGCUCCCAUGUAUUUCUCAGGAAAAAUUGAGUUUGGGGUCAUUAAUCAGUCAGUCUCUGCUUUUAAUCAUAUCCUUAGCGACUUUUCCCUCAUUGUGUACCAGUUUCAAGCUAUAAGUGCAUUUUCUGCUGUUAUAAAUCGGCUAGGUGAAUUUGAUGAUAUUCUGGAAACUAGCAGCAGCACCAAAUCUCUCUCUGAUACAUUGGAAAAGAUAUGUAUUUCAUACAAAAAUGUUGAGAGGUCAUCUGUAUUGGAUUCCAAUGGAUCCACACCUCCAGAAAAAUGUGAAACAUUACUGGAGAUAGAAAACUUGACUCUGAAAACACCCAGCAAAGCCAUUCUUGUUAGAGAUUUGUCAUUGAAAAUCAAGGGAAAGGAUCAUUUAUUGAUAAUGGGACCUAGUGGCAGUGGUAAAACUUCUUUGUUAAGAGCUCUCGCUGGUCUGUGGAACACUGGAACUGGAAAAAUCACAUACUAUGUGAAAGAUGGGGAAGAUCUGCAGCAGCCCAUUUCCUUAGAUAUAAAUACUCCCACUGUAAAUGAUGACUGCGAUGCAUAUGAAGUAUAUGGAAAAUCCUUAGACAGAAUUUCUGGAACAUUUUUCCUUCCUCAAAGGCCAUAUAUGGUCUUGGGUUCUCUUCGUCAACAGUUACUUUAUCCAACAUGGGCUGAUGAUGCUAUUCCUGCUCCGGACAAUACUAAAGCAAGAACUAUAUUGCCUUUCUUGAUGAAAUCACCGGACUCAGAUAAUAGGAAUAAAAAGCCUGAAAUGCCAACAACAGAUGAGCUGAUAAAGGUCUUAGAGGAUGUCCGUCUAGGUUAUUUAUUGGCUCGGUUUAGCUUGGAGUCGAUACAGGAAUGGUCUAGUGUUCUCUCUCUAGGAGAGCAGCAACGCCUGGCUUUUGCCCGUCUUAUGCUUUCAACACCGAAAUUGGUUUUGUUGGAUGAAUCUACAAGUGCACUUGAUGAAGCUAAUGAGGCUUAUUUGUACCAGAAGAUUAGUGCAGCAGGUGUAACGUAUAUCAGUAUUGGCCAUAGGCAAACCUUGUGCGAGUAUCACGACAGGAUUUUACGCAUAUCCCCAAUUGAUUCUAACAGUGACAUGGUAAAUUGGUCUGUUGAGUCCAUUAGAGACAAGUCUUCGGAUUUUCCAAAGCUAAAACUUUAGGUGGCUUCAAAUCCUAUAUGCCUAUGUUCAUUAUAAUAUUUUUUAUGUUUAUUUAUAUAUCUUCCAUGAGGUUAUGAAUCUGUAAACUUUCCUUUUCUGCAAUAGCUGCUGUAAUAUUCAAGUUUCAUAUUCAGAUUGAUAGGGAGAAUUGAGGAA